CCUUUCUCAGUUGCCUUCUUCCCCUCUCUAUCUCCCCUCUUCCAGUCUCACUUAAUCCUUACAACACAACAGUUCCUCGUACAAAGCAUGUUGAGAAUUGGACUCAGAAAUGGCAUCAUAUUUAGAGUUUCACUUGCUCAGAGAUUUUAUAACAGGGAUUUAUCGACACAAAAUGGAAGCAGGCUAGAAGGCAAAGUAGCAUUGAUCACAGGGGCAGCAAGCGGUAUCGGCAAGGCGGCGGCGGCGAAAUUCAUCAGUAACGGUGCCAAAGUUGUCAUUGCUGAUAUAGAACACCAACUUGGGAAAGCAACAGUCGAUGAGCUUGGACCAAAUGCAACUUUUAUUCACUGUGAUGUAACAAAAGAAUCAGAUAUCUCAGAUGCUGUUGAUUUUACCAUCUCCAAACACAAACAACUGGAUGUUAUGUCCAAUAAUGCAGGGGUACCUUGCUACUCGCCUCCGAGCAUUGUCGACCUUGACCUUGCAGUUUUCGACAGAGUCAUGGGUAUCAAUGUACGAGGAGUCUUGGCUGGGAUCAAGCACGGCUUUCGUGUGAUGAUCCCUAGGGGAACUGGCUCCAUUCUUUGCACAAGUAGCGUAACCGGAAUGAUGGGUGGACUAGCUCAACAUACUUAUAGUGUAUCGAAAUCUGCGGUUAUCGGAAUUGUUAAGUCCAUGGCGGCAGAGCUAUGCCAGCACGGAAUCCGUAUCAACUGCAUAUCACCUUUUGCAGUUCCGACCCCAUUUACACUAGAUGAGAUGAGCAAGAUCUAUCCACACAUUGAUUCUGAGCAACUUGUCAAAAUGAUACAUAGGUUUGGUGUGCUAGGCAAAGCAACAUUGGAACCAAGUGAUGUAGCUGAUGCUGCAGUCUAUCUUGCAUCAGAUGAUGCAAAGUAUGUUAGUGGGCAUAAUUUGGUGGUAGAUGGAGGUUUUACAUCAUUUAAGAGAUUGGAAUUUCCUUCACCAGAUAAGGCUCAGUAAAAUUUGAAGAGUAUAAAUGCCUGCUCAAAGUAUGUGGUAAAUUUCAAAUUUGUUCUGGUUCUUUGCAGUAUGGAGAACCAACACUAGAUUUAACACAAAUGAAUUUCAGUA